CUUUCUCGUCGCUUUUCCGCGGGGAUUUGUUAUCGUAAACUUUGACGCUGAUAAAAAGUUCCACUUGUUCGUACGUUAGAGCGUUAAACCAAGCUUCCGUUACAGCUUAACGCGUUUUAAUGUGUCGUCAACGAACUAUUUGAAAGUGUUGCUAUCGUGAAGUGUUUGAAGUGCAUGUCGCAGCGUCGCGAGUAUGUAUCAAAAUUUUAGCCUCGUGAACAGCACUCUGUCCAGCCUCAAGUCGUGUCAGGCCGACCUCCUCACGGGAAUGGACGUCGUCACCUCCGUGGCCAUGGACCUGGCGGAGGACCUCGAUGGAGAGGGGAACUCUGGCAUCAGUGAAAUGGAGGCCCUCAUGUUGGAAUGUGCCAAGCUCGACCGAGAAAUUGACUGCUUUGUUGACACUGUGCAACAAGCCACAGUGGAGGUGACUGAACAGCAACAAGAGGCCUUGUUUACCAUCAGUUCCAGAGUGAAGAAGAAGUUCACUGAAAAAAUUGCUCAACUAUCUGACACAGAUCUGCAGACUCACCAGAAAAUAGUUGCUUUUAAGGAAAGCAUCAAGAGUUCUCGCAACCGACAUACAAAAAUACUUGCCAGCCAAGAGUCGGCGAACAUGGAGGAGCUGGACGAUGAACUUGCUGUGACGCAGACCCAAGUCAUCUUCACCUGCCCUCUCACCCAGGCGGACAUGGUCAACCCGAUGAAGAAUAAGAAGUGUAACCACCAUUAUGACGAAAACCCUAUCAGAAUCCUCAUUGAAACAAGACGCAGUCAGAAGAAGAAGUGCUGCUGCCCUGUGGUGGGUUGUGGAAACAAAGAUGUGCAAGAGUCAGACCUGGUUCCUGACCACACUCUGAAGAGACAGAUCAUGGACCAAAAGAGACAGAGCAAUGGCACAUAAAACUCCACGCUUUCAUUGGAAAUUUUAUCACAAAGCUAUGAUAUGUUUUUAUUAUUCUUUUGCAAAUUAUUCAUAGAAUCUUUAGAAUUCUUCAUUUCCACCAGAAAUGCAACCGUUAAGCAAUAUUUGCUUGUGUUGAUAAUUUCUUUUGUCCACAUAUUUGUGGCUUUGUAUUUCCGCAGGAGACUGGAUUUGUUCAGCAUUGUUGAAUUGAAA